AUGGCGGAACAGAAUCUCCACUUCGAUACCCUGCAGCUUCACGCCGGCCAUGAGCCAGAUGCAGCUACAAAUUCCCGAGCUGUUCCCAUCUACGCGACCAGCUCCUAUGUCUUCAAUGACUCCGCCCACGGUGCGAGGCUCUUCGGUCUCAAGGAGUUCGGCAACAUCUAUAGCCGCAUCAUGAACCCGACUGUGGAUGUCUUUGAAAAGCGAAUUGCUGCCCUGGAAGGUGGCGUUGCUGCCAUUGCUGCCUCCUCGGGUCAGUCCGCUCAGUUCAUGGCCAUUUCGGCCCUCGCCCAUGCGGGUGAUAACAUUGUUUCCACUUCCAACUUGUAUGGUGGCACCUACAAUCAAUUCAAGGUUAUGUUCCCGCGGCUUGGUAUCACUACCAAGUUCGUGCAAGGGGACAAGGUUGAGGAUAUUGUUGCUGCCAUCGAUGACCGGACCAAGGCCGUUUAUCUCGAGUCCAUCGGUAAUCCUCGUUACAAUGUUCCUGACUUUGAGGCCAUUGCCAAGGCUGCCCAUGAAAAGGGUGUUCCCGUUGUGGUUGACAACACCUUCGGAGCUGGUGGUUACUUCGUCCGUCCCAUCGACCACGGCGCCGAUAUUAUAGUUCACAGCGCUACAAAGUGGAUUGGUGGCCACGGCACCACAAUCGGUGGUGUAGUCAUUGACAGCGGAAAGUUCGACUGGGGUAAGAACGCUGCCCGUUUCCCUCAGUUCAUUGAACCAUCCGAGGGAUACCAUGGAUUGAAGUUCUGGGAGACGUUUGGUUCUAUUGCCUUUGCCAUCCGGGUGCGCGUUGAGAUCCUCCGCGAUCUUGGAUCUGCACUAAACCCUUUCGCCGCCCAACAACUUAUUCUCGGUCUGGAGACCUUGAGCCUGCGAUGUGAGCGACACGCAUCUAACACUAUUGCUCUUGCGAAAUGGCUGGAGAAGAACGAGAACGUCAGCUGGGUCUCUUACCCUGGUCUAGAGAGCCACCCGUACCAUGAGCUUGCCAAGAAGUAUCUGAAGCGUGGCUUUGGCGGUGUGCUGUCCGUUGGUAUCAAGGGCGGUGCUGCUGCUGGUGCCCAGGUUGUGGAUAACUUCAAGCUUAUUUCCAACCUUGCCAAUGUUGGUGACUCCAAGACCCUGGCCAUUCACCCCUGGUCGACCACACACGAGCAGCUCUCAGAGCAGGAACGUCGUGAUUCGGGCGUGACUGAGGAUGGAAUCCGCAUCUCAGUUGGCACAGAGUACAUCGGCGAUAUCAUCGCCGACUUUGAGCAGUCCUUCAAGGCUUCACAGGCUGUACCAGAUCGCACCGCUUGA